GUUGGCGCUUGUUGAUGUCAGCUGGUAACAGUGGCGCGGGAAAACUUCCUCCGUGUGUGAAGACAUUUUAAAGCUCCGGACUGUACGGGAGUAUAUCUCCGUCGCUGCCACCCACAAACAAUAGACAUUUGGGGAUUGUUUUGACUAUAAGAUCCAUCUGACACCGCUGACAAGGUUCGUAUGUCACUGAAAGACGGCUUAAUGUGAGUUUUGUUGAGCUUUAUUCGAGUUAGAGCUGUCAAAAUAAACACGUCAGCUGUUGCUCAUGCUGCUAUUAAUCGAUUAUUGACUCUUAUAGUGAUAGUAAUAGAAUGAUAAAUGAGGUUUUUGUAAUUGUUUUAAAAAUCACAUAUUAUUUACGCCUCUAAAAACUCUUAUAUUAUCUAAGUGUUUUUAAAUGGUCUAAACACGUGACAUAAAGUGAAAGUAGGGUCCCUUUAAGGGCGCUUGUAUCAGUGAAGGGUGGAAGAAAACAGUCUACAUUUCCGUCAGGGGCAGCUACAGAAAAACCAAAUUUAUGAAUCAGGCUUGACAAGAUCUAGUACACCGGUAUACUAAAUUUAGUGAAAAAGUGGUUACAUGUAUUUGAAUCUUUUAAACUGACUUAAGUGUGUAUUUGUUUGUAUUAAAUGAUCAAAGUCAACGUUACUGUCAUUAAAGGCUCAAAGUCUGUUACUUCAGGGGGAGGCAAGGAAAGGGAAAGUACUUGUUGGUUGUUUCAUUUUAGUGCAAACAGUACCUACAGAAUAGAAAUUAUUAUAUUGAUGAAUACAUGCAACAAAACAUUAUUAAUGUGUUAUAUUCAUUUUAUUAAUACUAUGAUUACUUUAUUAAUUCUAUUAACUACCAGGAUUUUCUGAGCUGUUAUCAUGUUUACGUAGUGUUAAAUCAAAAGCACCAUAGAGUUUAACACAGUCAGAAGGAAUGGCAUUGAAAAUAUUGAGGGUGUUUGAGGUCAUACUUCAUCAUAAAUCAUACUGAAGCAGUGACAUUUAUCUAGGAAUGGGCAUUUCCAAUAACCUCUUGUUCAAAUGAUUAAAUUGCUUUAUAAAUGAGUAAUCAAGUACUUGCAAUUGAUAAACUUUUUACCACACGUUAAAACCUCCCACACGUCAUUUUUCCUGGUCACAGCUGACACAGUGCAUGUUCCUGUAAACAAUACUUGAACUAAGAACAACGUAGGUGUGAGUAGUUUCACAAUCCUUGAGUAAUGACGGUAACAAUAAUUCAAAAUGUAGAAAACAGCAGUGACAUUAUAACUGAGUCUGAGCUCCUAAGCCUGUGACUGAUUUUGAGGGAACCUGUGAAUCAGUUUGAUUUCUGCUUGGGCGGUUAUUCUGUUUGUGUUUAUGUUUGUGUAGGUCAUCAUGGCAGCUGAGCCUGAGAGCAACCACGACAGGCCAAGGUCUGGCCCCAGUGAGCGCCUGACCUCUAUGCUCAGGUAAAUAGGAUUUUGUCUUUUUGUUGUACAGGAUCAUAGAGGCAACUUUUUUUUACAGUGCUGCUAAUACAGAGAGUUACAAAAAAACAUUCUAGUACAUGGAUAUUGCAUCUUAGGUUAUUUAUUACUUAUCAUAAGAAAGGCUUCAACUGUGUUUAACAUUUAAAGUUUUUGCAUCCUCCUUUACAUGUUUACUAACCAACAAACCCAUGCUUAUUUAACAGCUGUGCUAAUAUGUUGUUUCUGGUCAAGGGGAUGCUCUGACCAAGAUCAAACCGAGAGGAUUCAGACAAGAUUGAGAUGUAUGCUCCAGGAAUUCCUGCAACACCACAGGGACGAGGCAGAAAAUGAGAGCGCCAACGGUAGGCUCACAUAUUUGAUGACUCAUACACGGUUGUGCAGGACAGGUGAUCAUGCUGUUCCCUAAUUUAUCUCCUGUUUUUAUGUUCGCAGUCAUUGGACACACAAACCCAAUGACACACACACACAUAAGGUUAAUUAUUUGCUGGCUACAUCACAAACAACAGCACUCCUUAUGCUUAUGUCAUAUUGUGUCAUACAGUAUAUAUAUAUAUAUAUUUUUUUUUACACAGGUAUAGGAUUCUGAAAUAAUUCUCUUGUGUUUACAUAUUUUACAUAUAACCUGUGUGAUAUUGUUCUCAGAGUUGGCAAGUGAAUGUUGUCGUCAAGCUGGGAUUUGGUAUUACAUGAUGCUGGAGGAGCUUGCCAUUCAAGAGAGUGAAAGGCUGGGCACCAAUGGCAUCUUGGUGAGUGCACUGCCCUCCUGUGGUUAAAACUGUAGCUGCUGUCUAAUGAAAAGCAGUCAAGUCUUUUGAUUUGAUUUGAAAUGCUUAUUUUGAACAUAUGUGUGUCACACAACAAAGUAAUCUGAAAACGAACAAAAAAACAAAACCAACAAGAAUAUUUAAAACAACAAUAACAAUAGUUACAGCAAAAGAAAAUAAUAAUAAUAAUAAUGUGAACACAACAUGUCCAAACUCUAUGAGCAACGACUGGGAGACAAGAAUCACAUUAUGUUCCCUAUCUAAGGUUUUUGGUCACCUUUAAUUUUUUUAAUUCGAAGCAUUUUGAAAUGUUUUGUUUUUGUGUGUUUGUGCUUGUUUUUGUCACAGGGCUUCCUGAGUAAUGAACGUUGCCAGCGCUGUCUCAUUGCCUGUUGUCUUGGGAUCUCCAUAUCAUCAAACAAUCUACCCUAUGAAUUCCUUAAGCUGCUUGAGCUCUUCAGCCUGGCACCAUACCACUUCAGAAAUGUUUGUUUUUAAACCUAUUUGCCAUAAAUUUAUUCUUAGAGUAGGUUUGCUCGUGUUUGCAUGUUCCUGGACAUUUAGUGAGACAUGCAUGUUGUCUAUAUAAGCAAAGCAAAUUUGCACAUCCAAGACCUGUAGAUAUCAAAUGUGGUUUGAUUUACCAAUUAGAAUGUCAGUUCAGUCUUAAAUUAGCUGUUUUAUUUUUGUUGUUGACAGCAUUUCUUUAAAUGUUUAUGUUUCUAAAUGCUGUGGUUUUUCAUUACAGCAGCAUUUAACAUUAACGUUUUCAUUUUAAGGCUUUACAUAACCUUCCUCACAGUUUUAAUGUGUUUUAAAGGCUGUUAACAACUCUCCAAUCAAAAUAGGUAUUGAAUAACAAACCACCCCUCCUUCCUUCAUGUUGUUUUUCUUUGGUCUGACAGGUGAUAGAGCCUGUGUUCCGGGCUGUAAAGCGCCUGCCUUCGACUUCUUUUAAAUACCUUUCCCAACUGGAGGAUAAAAUUCUGGAGAGCUUGGCUUGGACCAGUGCUUCACCACUAUGGGAGGAAAUAAGAGCCAGCGGGGGCCAUUUUCCAUCCAACCAACAGGUGUCCAAUUAAUCGCAUAGAAACACAUUUAAUCAGCACCAAAAGCUGUCCAAAGCCCCUCCUACUGACAAACCCUGAACAUUUCCUCUCCUCUCCUUUACUGAAAUGUAAAAAAAUUGGCCUUCACACGCUUUUCCCAACAAACCCAGCUGCAGAAAAUAUAACACGUGCAUCUGCUCUGGAUGAUAAUUGUAUCAUUACACCUCUGCACCUCUGUCCAUGUGCACAUGUACAUAACAGAUUGAGAUCCAAUAUUAGCGGAAACUUGUGCAUGACAAGUGCUCAUAGCUGCAAGGUCUUUUACGGACUUAAAUGAAAAAUACUACCACACGGCAGACAUCACUCUGACUACUUGCAGCUUUGUCAGUACAUUAGCACACACUUUUUUGAUCAGAUGUUGUGAGCUCUGCCUGCUGGAUCUGGACACUGCUGAAUAGAAGUACUGAAGCAGAGUCUGGAAUAAACAGCUUGUAUCUAAGUGCUUAUAUCAGAGGUUUAAGAUGCAGGGCGUUAUAAUCUGAUAUUUGUUUUUUGCGGAUAUCAGACCAAUAUACGAUAUCAGUAUCAGACUGAGACACCCCUACUUACUACAGUCACAGUUGCAAAGGUAAAAGGGCAUUCAUCUCUGGACUUCUUUUUGCAUUUUAACACAAAAUGUAGCCACUUUUUUUUGCAGAAUCUCCUACUUUGAAUACUUUGAAUUUGGCUUUUUGUAAGCUUGGCAGUUGUGUUUAAUAGGCCAAAGGAGCAAACUGCUUUAUCUUUUAGACUUUUCUUAUUAAGAUCUAAAUAAAACACAUAAUUACAGUUAAAGUUACAAUCAUAGGUUGUUAUCAAAGAAUCAAAUGUUUGCAGUUUUUAAUGAGGGUUUGUGUCUCACACAGGUGAUGUUUCGUAACAGCCAUGAAGACCCAAGUAGUACUGAUUUGCAACCUGAGGGACACCUACCAGAAGGUAUAAAGCAGAGUUCACCAGCUUCUGUCUGAUUACACUGAACCUCAAGGAUUCUUGUUGUUUAUUGACUGGUCACCUUUGUUUUCACUAGUUUCUGCAAACCCAGACCAGCAGCCUUGCACAUCAACUGAAAACGGGCCAAAGAGAAACACAUCCCUCACAGUGUUUGCUCGAAAGGUCAGUUAUUGUACCAACAUUUCACAUUUUCUUAUAGUGCAAAUGAAAGGCCUGUCGUGUGGCUCCAGAAUAUGUGUCUUCUUUGAUCAUUACUUUACAACUUCUCUAUCAAGGCACUAAAGUUUACUGAUUCUUGCUGUUGUAUUCAUCAUGUCUUGAACUGUUCUGCUCCUUUUUUAGUCUCAGUCCCCUGUUAUAGCAUGUGACCCCAAGUCUGAUGAUUGUGUUUCUUCUUCGUGUUAGGUUUACUUGCUGAUGGACCAGCGUCUGAAGACCCAGUUUUCCACACUGGCCAUCUCUGAAGAGCUGCAGUCAAAGAUAUGGACCUGUUUUGAGCACUCUCUGGUCAACUUCGCAGACAUUAUGGUGGACCGUCACCUGGAUCAGUUGCUCAUGUGUGCCAUCUUCAUCAUAGCUCAGGUGGGCUGACGUAUAUUAUAUAUGAUUUAUGCAAUAUUUAAUGAUCAUUUCUUAAUCUGGUGUGUGUUCAGACACAAAUAUUUACUUCUUUGAAAAUAAAAAAUUCAGGACUAACCAUCAUUAUUAGCAGGAUGUUGCGAGGUGUCUUUUUUUAUAAACUGUUUGCUUGAUGAAGGUCUCAGACUAAAAUGUUGCUGGUUAAUUAGAUGGUAUAUGGGAAUUUGACAUUUUUUUUAACAUUUCAUAUCUACACCUCUCCUACAAAAUAGAUAUGCUGUGCUUUUUUUCCCUCUUUUGGUCAGAAAUAAGGUAAUGCAUGUAACUAUAGGGGUGUCAUUAUAGUUCAAGAAUAAGCCUCAUAUAUCCAUAUAUAGCAGCUUGCGUUGUCACCUCAGCUGUUGCAGGUUCAUCCUCUGACCUUUACCCUUUUGAUGCAUGUUUCCCCCAUCUCUUCACUGAAUGUUUCUUAUGAAGUUGCAACAAAAUUGACUUAUUUAAAAUGUUACUAUUUUUUUGAUUGCUUUUCCCUCUCCCAUGGCAUAAACCAAGACUUGCUAAGUAAGGUAAUUGGGCUCUUGUAAUCAGAAAUCAUAGUAAACCCUUUUGUUAAUUAUUUACUAAUGGAAUGUGCGUUGCCUUUACAGGUUACUGGUGAAGAGAUACUCUUCAAAAACAUCGAAAGAUGCUACAUUGAUCAGCCACUUACCAGCAGAAGUGUAUGUGUUAUACAUUUAUUCAUUCAUAUAUUCCUUCCUUUGUGUUGGGUAAAACUGACGGACAGAACAACCCUGUCUCAUCCACAUUCGUUAAUCAGUCAUAUUUGACAUGUAAACAAAAUUUUACAUAAAUAUUAUAUGUUAUUUCUAGUCUAGGAUGACACUUGACUGUAAAUUGACCAAGUAUUGAAAGAGAGUUUUAAUGAUAUAGCUGAGUAACACAGACAUUUCCUGUUUUCAGGUCUGUACUGAUGUGCUGAUUUCAAGAGGAAACACCGCAGAUUCCCUCACUGAAAACAGAAGUAAGAAAACUUUGUAAAAUAUAAAGUAAUAGUAAAAAUAUGUUCACAUGUUUACAUGUGCACUGUGUACACUUUGAACAAACAGCGUGACACUAUGACUCACCCUCAGUUCCUUAAGAUAACAAAUGGGUAAGGUUAGUUUGCAGUAAUAUAAAGUCAUGUAGUGUUUAACAUUUUAAUUUGUUCAAAACAUGCAUGUGUAUAUAAAUGUGUUAAUGUACAUGUCUUUAUUGAUAUUACUCAUUACAUAGUUAUAAUGUGACUGUGCCUUUAUGGUCUUUUGGCUACAGGUUCCAUUCCAUGUUUUCCAUAAUAAAUCAUUUUGUUAAUUUGCCAAGAGAUCAGCAAUGCUUUGUUGUCAAAGUUAGAAAGAAAGAUCCUGUAGGCUAACACAAAAAACUGACUUUACAGCAGUAUGUGGAUGUUGAAGUGAAUGAAUUAACUUCUGCUUAACGCUGCCCACAGAUGGGAUGUGGGAGUUGCUCUGUGGAAAACCACAAAAUGAAGAAGAAAUCAUUAUAAUCCCUAUACUAAGUUCUUGGGUACCAAAUGUUCGUUUUUACCCACGGCUUUUCACUGACGUAGUUCUGUAAUCCUGUAAAGAGCAAAUCUAUUGUAAACAAAUAUGAACCUAAAGUCUGAUUAAAAGGGAAAACAAAUCAGGGUACAAAAAUUUUCUAUAACACCAUUUGUACAAAAUCAAGUUGUCUGAGUGGGGGACGUAUGUUUUUUUAUUGUACAAUGAAAAGUUACAAUCUGAGUCACUGUCAAUUAUAGAUAAUGAAGACCACAGGGAUUUGUUCCCAACCCCCGACACACCGUCAGCACAUUAUCCAACACGUUCUUUGGAGACGAGGGGAAACCUUUAUGACUUUUUCAACCAGGUCUACCCAACAGAGAUGUCUGACUUCGCCAAUAGAUUUGCUGUACAUGCUGGAGUAAGUGAACCAUCUCAAGUCUGAAUUCUGAAUGCUUUGGGCAAACUUAAAAAGCUAAUAAAGUCAACUUCCGAGGAAUACAAAUAUUUUAUCAAACACUCAUCCUAUCCCAGUGUCACUUUAUCUCUUAAAAUGAAGUUUUAUUCACCCUUUUCUAGGUAAGCACUCCUCCUUUGAGUCCAUAUCCCAGGCGGUACAAAGCACCUCCUCGCACACAAGAGCACCCCAGCAGACGAUCCCGUGUUGCUUUAAGAAUGGAGGGAGAGGAGGAAGAAGGAACUGACGGUCCUCCUCUGAGAAGGUUCCGUUCUGAUGGUCAGUCAGCCUUGCACAGGCGAUUGAUGGCUAUGGAGAAUGACCGAGCAGCAAGCGAGAAGUAGGCCGGACUACCUGAAGGUCCACAGUCUCACUCGCACUAAAGCAGAAAAGAGCAUGAAUGCAGUGACACCAGGCGUUUGUAUUCUCGUGACGCAAAGUUAUUUUCCCCCAAAAGUACUUAAUAAGGUUGAAGAAGUUCUUUCUAACAUUUGUCUGACAGACUGUCUGCAGUCAGAGCUUUAAGUUUGCUUUAUCUCCUUUGCACUCACUGAUCUUAUGCGACACAGAGAGACAAACAGACAAAAAGUAAUGCAAUAAUCCGCGAGGAGUACCCGAAUAGCAAUAGCAGUUUGAGAAAUUCAUCAUCAAAAGAAAAAAAAAACAAAAACACAGAACAUGAAAUUUGUUCUGAUACGAAUAGAAAUGAAUACAGAUGGAGCCAAUGUUUACUAAUGAAGCACUAUGUGCAAUAUAAUAAUCAGUAACCCAUCUGUGAUUUUAACCAGAAACAUUGAUAGUAUGAAAGAUCAAAUAAAGUGAACUCUAUAAUUUCAUAUUAUAAGUUAUCAGAGGAAAAGAGAGAUUGUUGAGGGUUGUCCAGGUCCCUGCUAGAAGAGAAUGAAUUGGUUGAAAUUUUACCGUAAUCCCAAAAAUCGCUGUUUACUUUCCUUUGGAUAAAAAAGUCUGUUUUUUACAAAAGAGAAAGUCAAAUGGUGUCUGGCUUUAUUUAUAUCAGGGGUUUUAUUCAAUGACUUGUUGUAAGUUAUAACAUACUGUGUAAGUUAACUGUUGGGUUUAACUAUGCGCUUUUAAAUUUCUGCAUUUUUAUAAUGUAACCAUACUGCUUAAAAAUCACAUCAGCUUGAGUAAAAAAACUGUUAUACCAUCAGCUCCAGUCUUUAAUUUUUAAAAUUAUGACUGUGGAAGUUUGGAAAAGUCAUUACUGUAUUUUGAGGGUUUUGUUUUUUCUCAUUCUAACAAUACAGAAACAUUUAUGAAAAAGGUGAUUUUGGUAUUUAACUGCAAAAGAAACAAAGUAAACUGAUAUGAAGUUAAUCAUUUUAAAGCCAGUUAUGUUCUAGUAUCUAACUUGCUUUUGCUAAAUAUUAACAGUUUAUAGCCUAUUUAACAGAAACCUCCAAAUCUUGAUUGCCACCCACAAAUGUUGGACCUAUUUUAUUCUGUAUUAUAAAGUACGAUUAUAUCUUUUUAUGUGCAAUCAUUUGACUGUAUCUGGUCUUGUCUAUAUAUUACCUUUCAUUGUGUUAUUGUUGUCUUUAUGGUGUGGUUUUCAUUGACUCUUAAUUGUGUACUUAAUUGUGUACUUAAUUGUGACUCUUAAUUUCUGUACUAAAGUUUUCUUUGGAAACUGGUUUAGACUCAAAGCCUGGCUUCUUUUAUUAAAGCUGUGCUGUCCAGUUAUACACAGUUUAAUCUGUCUUUAGUACUUUAGUCUCCAAAGAGCAGAGAUACAUGUCUGUGUGUUUCAACCAAUUACAGUUAAAAAAAAAAAAAGGUUGUUGCUGCUGAUGUUGCUGUAAAGUUUAAGCUUGUCAAACAUGUCCGACUUUUAGUCCGUGUGGCUUAUAGGUCUGCAAAAGCCCUCAUUUUUACACUCAAAUGACCUAACAGAUCAAAUUAAACUCUUAUUUCUGUGACUAAAGAAAGCAGAACUUUUAUCACCUUUAAUGAAACAAAAUUGUGGACAACAGCUGCUCUUUGGUGGAAACUUGACCCUUUUCUAUGUUGAUCAGUAACCAUGCUUCAGCCUGCCACCAGGUUAACAAUCCACCAGUGUUGCUUAGGAGGUAAUUAUGGCUCCCAGUCAAAGGCCUGUAAAUUAAAACCGCACGCACGCAGGUACCCAAACUCAACAAAGACUUCCAAGGUUGCUCGAGUCUCUAGGUAACAAAGGCACUACACCCACAACAAGUGUCCGGGCUUUAAGGUUACGAGCAGAAUUUAAACACUAUUUACUAGCAGCGCCCAGAGCAGCUGAGCAGCAGCAAACUGUGGGAUCUUAGAUUUGGCCAAAUCAUGGGUUGCAACACGAGCCGGGGAAGCACUGUGGUGGAUCCCUCUGAAAAGCCCGAGGAGAGGCCAAAGACUGCGGCUUCAAUCAAAGAGGUGUCGACAGAGGAAGCUAACGGGACAACAGACAAAGAAAAGGAGGAUAAAACAGAGAGUUCCAGCUGAGCCCAAUCUCUGCACCUUUGCUUUCAAGUAAGAGAUACCUUUGAGUUUUAAUGGUUUUGUUCUGAUAUGAUGUCCCAUAAAAUCUACAUGAAAAAUGUUUCUCCAUCUUACCUACCAGCUGACUACGUCCUUUCAAAGUUUUUCAAUUUUAUCAAUGGAACAAGGUUACAGGACCUAACCACAAAGCAAGCAAUUUAUGACCAUCGCAUUGGGGUCACUUUGAUACAAUCACCUCUAUAACUUGACUGCCAUGUCUUUUCUGAGGCUAUUUGACAUGACAAAUGGGCUGUGUGGUGACUGAGACGAGCUGUGUGUGUCUGUGUUGCAGUGUGUAAAGAUUGGCCUGUCCAGGGUGAAGGAGGGCCUGUCAGCGGGAGGAGGAGGCAACGCUGCACUACUGUCCAUCAACCUUUGUGUCAUCUGGGCCAGCCACACACACACACAAACACACACCUCUGAAGAAAUACAGCUCCUAUGUUUAUAACCUAGAAACUAUUUUGUGAUAAAUACACUGAAUCAAACACUGCUGGUGUGUCGUUGUGUACCUGCUCUGUGUUUUGUAUUCAUCUUAAGCACUGGUUUAGAUCUUUUUAAAGCCCCCUAUGGCUUCUUUUUAAUUUUUGCACAUCUUUGUUUGCUUUCACGGCUCUUAUAUGUUCAUUUGGCUCUCCCCCCUCUUCUCAAACGCUCACACACCUCUGGUCAGGGCUGAUAGAUGCAACACACUCUUUCAAAUGCUUCCAAUUCUGCUGCAGGCUAAGGCAGCAGCCCUUUAAGAUAGCCAGCUUAUGUUUCAGCUGUGUAUAUCUCACAGCUCUCCAACAUGCUCUGCAUAUCAGAAGGCUGCUUAUUUGAACCGUCACACACACACACACACACACACACACACACUGAGAGGCCUAUACAACAAGUAAUGACAUGCUGCCAACAGCGAGGUUACAAAAUACUCAAGCACUUCCCGGUUUAUUCCACCAGGGAGCAUAGUUGAGCAUUUAUGGAGUACUUUCUACCGCCACCAGAGGGCAGAAGUGGUCUUUUACACACUGCUCUGAGACAUCUGAGGCUGGCUCCAUUUGCUGAAGACAUUUAAUCUGAAAUAUAGGUUGUAAGUUUAUUACCUGCUAGUGAAUGGAGCUGGAAUGGAAUAGCCAUUUCACAAAGCCGUAUCAAAAAUACCCAUCUCAGAGGCAGUGGGAAAUUACAUGAAAAUAUUACCAUUAUACAAAUGGAAAGUGUGAUUGAAUAAUGUGCUGGAGAAGAUAAAUGAAAAGCACUUUGUUGGAAAACGUGGUCCUAAAUAGGUUUUUAAUUUCAGUAGUGGGAUAAAAGAAGCACAUUUUUAGCCCAUUUCACUGCCAAUUGAUUAGCAGUUCCACAUCUGCAGAUAGAGAAGAGGCCUUAUCGUCUCAUUAUCAGUUAAUUAAUAUGCAUGCACACAUGCCAAUUAUCUUUCCUCUGCCAUUAAGCAAAAAUGAGACAUUGAUGUUUUAAUGGUGCCAGCACGGAUAAAUCCUCCGUUGCUUUAAAGACAAGGCAGACACAUUGAUUGACAAAGCUGGGGAAUGUUAAGAAAGACAAUUGAAUUAAGAACAACCUGAGACACUUGACUGUUACAUUAAUACUUCUCAGAGGCUCAGCCCUUUUUCUGUUCUUUUCCAGGCGCUGUGACUCAGGGAUCGAACAGAGUUUUAUUUUGAUGAACUCUUUCUAGAAAUGUAGAAAAAGGGCAAAUCUAAUGGUGCAGUUUAAGUAUACAUAUAUAGCUACCAGUGAGAAUCCAUUAUGGAAACGUUUUAUUUGAAGGACAUGCAGAGUAGAGAGCUAUUAAAUUUUCCACUGUGCCAUGACUAUUAAAAGACCCAAGGCCACACCAAGUGAAGCAAACCCAAGAUGAAAGUUAUAUUAAUCAUUAUUCGGUUUACUGUACUGUGUGCACUGAAUUUAUGUUCAUGAGUCACAGGCCAGUGUUAUGUGCCAGUGAAAUAGGCAAUAUUAUGGAAGGGAGCACUAUUGACAUUUUUCAUUUCUGCAUAAAUGCUUCUGGUUGCACAUUACGCCCAAGGCUGUUAGCUUUUUUUUUUUUCUCUCUCUCCUUUUCUUUUAUCAGCGCUCUUAGAGUUCAAUGCCACUAUGCUAUAAUGUUGGAGUGAUUCUCAACAAUCAAAAAAAGGAGAAGAUAAAGCUCUCCCGGCAAAAUCCAAACCUGGGAUCCAUGAAGUUCCCACACAUAAAACAUCACAGAGGACAAACUUGUGCCACUGGAGGCAGCUGCUCACAGGAUUGUGCCAAAAAGAGAGAGAGAGAGAGAGAGUGCAAACAGAAAAUGAGAAGGGUGACUAAAAAAACUCUCCGGGGUGUAAUCUCCUUACUCAGUAAUGGACCAUUUAUAUGAUAUGUAUAAUAGGCUGCCACAAAAUAUUCACAAGUAGUGGUCUUAUUUUCAGCCAGCUUCUCUUUAAAGAUAUGUUCUUCACAGGGUAUCUUUUGUGAAUAUAUGAUCAGAGGCCCGACAGCCCUGCUCUUUAAUCUUACACUGGCCUUGAAGAAUGUCACUGAUUCCAACACCCCCUCCUCCUCCUCCUCCUCCUCUUCCUCCACCACAACUGCAACUACAGACACCAUCGUAUUCACAUUGUGGUGCAGCGCUGCCUCUCUGGGUGUUGAAAAAGCAACGGUUCUCUUUAUUUUGAGUUUAAAAAACACUGUAUUUGUAUAAAAUCUUGGCACAUCCAUCUGAUCUUGAAGUAUUGCAGAGGUCUUUGGAGUGCUGGUUUAUGACACAAAAGGAUUUCUGAAAGAACGACUCCCCUUUUUGUUUUGUUGACCUCUCGGAGAGACGUGUUUCAAAGUCAGAGCAAUUUGUUCACAGCCGUCUUCUCUCUGAUGUGCAGGCUGCUCACUUUAGAUGUCGUCUUUUAUGUUUUUACAGAGUAUUUUUAUGGAGCCUACCUCAAUAUAGUUUUUACAGUAUACACUGUAUCAAAAGGACUCAUUAUAGGAUUGUAGCAAAUAUAGGGGGGGGGGGGGGGUAUUGUGCAUUUUUUUCAGACUCUAUACUUCCUCUCUAACACCUCUUUAAUAGCUUUACAUCAAAAAAAGCCUCAAACUUCUCACAGUGGUGUAUUAAAAUAUCAUUAUUUUAGCCUCCGUCUGAUCUCUUUAAAGCUCCCCUUCCACAAGCCUACUUUCUUCUGAUUGGCCACCUCUCCAGAGGCUUUCCAGAAGUCGCAAGAAACACAUCAACCAGUAGGAGGAGUCUAUAAUUCUUAUAUCAGACUUAAGUAAAUCUCGCACUUAAACUACGGUCCCGCAUUUCUGCGUGUUUGUCUGAGAUUUGAGCAGUUUACGUCUACUUUCUCAAAUUAUGACAAAAAACGUUUACCUUUAGAUUCGAAACUUUGUAUAAAUGUGACAUGGACACCAAACUUUGUAACUUUGCAGUUUUUGUUGUAAAUGUGGAAAAAGAUGAUACACCAGCAAGUAAAAGAAAAUGGCUUUCCUUGAAAAAAUGGUAAAAGAUUAAAGCUUCAGAGACGCUAAAACAGCCCUGCUUCUGCAUCAGGUAAAGUCUUUGUUCUCAACAUUUUACAAUAGACUCUGUAUUUCCACAAACAUCCUUGUAUGUGUCAACAGUUUAGACAUCCUCUCUCUAAAUAAUGGACUUGAAGAUGCAUCUGAAUAAAACACUCAAAGCUCCUGUGAGGAGUAUCUAGCCAGUGUUGAAACAGACUGAAAUCAAAACUUACAUCUGUUUAUGACUGCAAAAACAAAGCACUAUCAGGAAGCAGAAGGUUCUUUUUCCCAUAAAGUUAUUUUGUUGUCAUCUCCUCCUCAGGGCAGGUGUCAGAAAAUAGGCAAUGGUUCACGACACAUCCCUUUAAAGUAAGCCAGACUGGAAAUGUUAGUAUUUAAUAAGUCACAAGUUAAGACAUACGGUUUUGUUCACAGGGUUCAUAUUAACCAAAAUUUCUCAUGAGCUUUAAGGUUUCAUUUAAAAUGCAUCAGGUAACCCUUAUAUCAUAAGGCUCUUAUUUUGGGUACCCUGUGAAGGACUGCUGAGGCUCUAUGAGAUUUUAUUUGCUAUGGUGACGCUAUCUAUGACUAAAAAUGUAUACAGUCACAAAUACAGCUACUUGUGUUUCCUUAUGUGCCACUAGUACUUAAGUUAAGUUGAAACUUCCUUUGUUUUCACCCAGAGGAGUGAUCGCUUUGACAAGAGAUGUUAGACUGCUCCUAUGAUCAGUCCAAGCAUAAGAGAGGAAGUAAGUUAUACUCUGUGAUACUACCCCAAUUGUGCCCUCCCACUCACCGUUAAAACAGAAGAACUACUUAUAAGACGGAAGGUCAAAGUGUCGUGAGCAGGAAAGCACAGACCACAUGAGAAACAACAAUGUGCUCAGUCUGUCUUUGCGUGCACACAAAUGUAGUUUUCUGAAUGUGUGUGACAGCGUUUGUAAAAAUAAUACACACGCAUGGCCAUUUGAUUGCGUGCUGAGUUUAUCUCCAUCCUCAAACCUUGAAUGUGAGGUUUGGCACUAUGAUGUCAGGGCUCGUACGUAUCAAGUAUUAUUUUCAUUCUUCACACACAAUCACUGAUCCGCCUGAUUUAUUAUUUAUGAUGGUAGACCUUUGUAUGAACUAUCUCAGCCAAUUUACACUGCAAACUAGCAGAAGCGGAGAACCGAGUGUUACCAAGUUUCAGAAAUGUAUGAUUUGCUGUAUGAGCAAAAAAAGAGGGAGACCUCGGAUUUCUGGUACCUAAACAUUUUAUAGCAAAUAACAGCGAUAAAUCAAAACUAGAGAUGAAACCAAUGCAAAACCUAGAAGACAAUGUCAAUCAUACACCUUAUAAAUCUAACCUGAACAGUACAAAAGAGUGGUAUGAAACAUUUCACUGUGUUCCUUCAACUUUGUCCAUUUCACAUUAAAUAUGUGGAUUUUGUGAGUCACUGUCUGCACCUCUCUGCAGAGAGAGAACAAGUCCUCAUGUCAUUUUACUAGACAAUGUCAGACAGGAAUCACAGAGGAUUCAUCACUUUGGUACAGAUUCUGUUUGACUCUCUCUUUAGUGGACAGAAAACAAAAGCAACCCAACAAACUUUUAGGAGACUAGAGUAUUUUUAGGAUUUUAGAAGCUGCUUAAUGGAGCAUGCAUCCAUAAAAAAAGGUAAUCUCCUUGAACUGUAGGCACAAUG